UACAGUCUAUCGACCCUGAUCAGAGACAAUUAGAGGCCUCGUUUCGUAUUGUUUACGAUAGAUCAUCCUCCGACGCUUUUAGGAUACGUAACUAACCAAAGAUCUUCGUAAACUCAGUGACCCUGUUGAAAGUGAAGACGCAAUAGUUUAAAAAGAAGUCACGUCUGCUUUUCACUCUCACCUCUCUCUCCCCCCCUCCUCUCUUUGUCACUCUCUCGCCUCUCAUUUCAUCUCUCUUAUUCUUUCCCUCGCACACCUCCAGGUCCCUUCUCUACGUCUCGAAUCGCGGUAAAGACAAUCGGCUGACUUUGGCAUGUUUCACCGGUUCCGGCUUCGACCAUGAAGAAGAAGGCGGCGGAGGGCGGUGGAUAUAACCACAUCAACGCGGCCACCGCCACCACCUCCAGAUGCACGCGGAGACGAAGCAGCAGCAAGAAUUGCCUCGAGUUGGUGGCGGCUGGUGCCGGUAGCCAAGGCGCGCUGACGGUCAGGCAGUCUGGGGUGGCGAACAGCGCCGUCAUGGACGAGACGGAGGACGGGGAAGAAGAGUCCAAGUUUCAGCAUCCGCGGCUGCGCCGUGCCGGGGGGAGUGGCGGCGGCGGCGGCGGAGGAGGAGGCGGCGGCAGCAUCAGAAUGAAGAACUUUACGCCAGGAGGGGGAGCCGCGUGCGCGUCUACGGUCUCCAGGAGAGCCUCGAACAUCAGCGAGCCCGGCCUUGCGCACGCAGAAGACGUCCCCGUCGCCCCUCGGCCCAGCGUAGCGGCUUUAUUCAGAGCUGCGGAGACCCAGACAACCUGUCCCGAGGAUGCUGGGCGCGGCAAAAGCAAAAGAGCAUCCUGGACGGAGGCGUCGCGCUCAAAGGUCGCGCUAGAGGUUUUCCACGCGACAGUGGGUGAUGGUUGUAGUAACGUCGCUGCCAUUUCCAGCAUGAAAUGCAACAAAAACGGAGAAUGCAGAAGGGACUCUGGCACCGGGAGCCUGCGCUCGAUCAUCUCCAAGCAGGAGAGGCAGACAGGGGGGUUGGGGAGAGCCGAGGACGGCGGCGGGAAACGGGGCGCCUGUAACUCGACCAGCGCCAGCAUGGACGGCUCCAUCACCCCGGGCGGCUCGCUCACUGGGGGGCAGGGGGGAGAGAGCUCCAACCCGGGCGUCACACCCGUCUCGAGCGGUGUCACGGAGAAGAAGGACUCCAAAGUGUCCUUCUCCAACGCGCCCAGCCGGAAGACCUCGUCCUCGCUCCAUGGCCCGACAACGAGCCAGCAGCCCCGGAACUCGGUCACUUUCCAGAAGCCGGAGGACGGACCCCAAAUCGUGGCGGCCGCCGACGAUGGGGAGCCCGGGGGGAGCACCUUCAUGCAGCGGCAGUUCAGUAGCAUGCUACAGCCCGGAGUUAACAAAUUCUCCUUACGCAUGUAUGGCAGUCAGAAAGCAGUGGAGAGGGAGCAGGAGAGGGUGAAAUCAGCCGGGAACUGGAUUAUUCACCCGUACAGCGACUUUAGGUUCUACUGGGACUUCACCAUGCUGAUGUUCAUGGUCGGCAACCUGAUCAUCAUCCCGGUGGGCAUCACCUUCUUCAAGGAGGAGACCACCACGCCCUGGAUCAUCUUCAACGUGGUGUCGGACACCUUCUUCCUCAUGGACCUGGUGCUCAACUUCCGCACGGGCAUCAUCAUCGAGGACAACUCGGACAUCAUCCUGGACCCCAAGACCAUCAAGAAGAAGUACCUGAAGACGUGGUUCAUCGUGGACUUUGUGUCCUCCAUCCCCGUGGAUUAUAUCUUCCUGAUCGUGGAGAAGGGCAUCGACUCGGAGGUGUACAAGACGGCCCGGGCGCUGCGCAUCGUCCGCUUCACCAAGAUCCUCAGCCUGCUGCGGCUGCUGCGCCUCUCCCGGCUCAUCCGCUACAUCCACCAGUGGGAGGAGAUUUUCCACAUGACCUACGACCUGGCCAGCGCGGUGAUGCGGAUCUUCAACCUGAUCGGGAUGAUGCUGCUGCUGUGCCACUGGGACGGCUGCCUGCAGUUCCUGGUGCCCAUGCUGCAGGACUUCCCCUCUGACUGCUGGGUGUCCCUCAACAAGAUGGUGGUACGUACGCUUGGAAUCCCUGCUCCGUCUCCCACGAUAAAAUAUCCAACAGUGGAAGCUUACGACAGAAAGGACGACUGA